AGGAUGGGGAGUUCCGUAGUUACCUAAAUUGCCCCUUUUAUCUGGUUCAAUUUCCAAAGACGACACUUCAAAGUUCAAAUCAUAAAAAAAAAAAAAAAAAGUAACACCACCAUCAUAUGCUGCUUGUUGCUCUAGGUUGGUAUCCUAGGCUCAGGGACACACACACAGAGAGAGAGAGAGAGACUUAAUCAUGGGGAAAUCAAGUGCAUCAUGCUUCAAGAUCAUCACCUGUGCCGGCGAAUCUCAGGACUAUGAGGAUCUCCAAGCUCCUGAGAACAAGGGUUCAAGUGAUCGGCGUAGAUGGAGCUUCCGUAAAAGAUCUGCCAGGCAUCGGGUCUUGAGCAACACUGUUGGUUCAGAAGCACCUUCAUCUGUGAACAAGGAGAACCCAGACUCUCCAGCUGUCAAGUUUUCUGAGCAGGCAGACUUCACUGCAGCAGAGAAACCCUCGGUUAUUCACUUGACUGAAGAAAAAGCUGAGUUGCCCACUCAACUGGACUCAAAGUUAUCGGAAACCCAAUCCGAAGUUGAAGAUGACUGCAAAAAAGAUACAACUUUUGAUGAGCCAAGUAUUAUUAUAAUCCAGGCUGCCAUCAGGAGGCUGCUGUCUCAGCAGGUGCUACUGAAGCAGAAGAACAUAAUUAAGCUGCAAGCUGCUGUGAGAGGGCAUAUAGUCCGGAGGCAUGCUGUUGGAACUCUCCGGUGUGUUCAAGCCAUCAUCAAGAUGCAAGCUCUUGUUAGAGCACGACAUGCUGGUCGGCUUGACAAUAAUGACCCAACCAUCUUGGGGAAGAAAGAAGACCAUCCAAACACCAGAUACACUUAUGUUUCCAUUGAGAAGCUACUCUCUAAUGCUUUUGCUCGUCAGCUUAUGGAGUCAACACCGAGGAACAAACCCAUCAACAUCAAGUGUGACCCCUCAAAAUCUGACUCUGCCUGGAAAUGGCUCGAAAGAUGGAUGUCUGCCUCAUCGGUGAGCAGCACAGGAUCACCUGAAUCUGAAUCAACCGUGGAGAAUCUUGAACUUCCUGAUGGCCAAGUAGACAUUGUAACUGCAAGUGACUGUUCUGCUGAGUUAAAAGACCUGAAUUCUACUUUGGGUGCAUCGGCUGUAUCCUCUGAGACUCAUCUCAUCAGUCGUGACUUGACGAAUCUCCACUCUGCCAGAUCAAUGUCGCCUGCAUCCGGCCUCUCUAAUCUGCACGAAGUUGAUCAACUAAACUCGACAACUGAUGGAACAGAAUCUGCUCUCAUCGAGAUGAAAGAGAAAGAUUUCAUUGAGGUGGUCGAGGUGAAAUCUCUUCCCCAAAAGGACGAAAAUACGUUAGAGCAAAUAGAAGCCGAGGCGAAAAAGCUGUCGAGGAAGGCAAGCAAGCCAGCCUUUGUCGCAGCUCACUCAAAGUUCGAAGCACUGACUUCCGCAAAAUUAGCCCCUUCAUCUACCCAAGAUCUUGACGAAACUGGUCUUGACAAGGACAGGUUUUCCCUCUCAACCGAUCAAACGCCCAAAUCCACGGGCAAUAAGGUACCCGACAAUGCCGCUGUAUCUGCUGCCACAUCAGCGCUCCCUAUCGGCUCUGAAUGUGGGACCGAACUAUCUAUUUCUUCUACACUUGAUUCACCCGACAGGUCGGAGGCUGGGGCCAACGAGAUCGAACAGGAAAUGAAAGCUUCGGACGACACCAAGCAUUUCAAGACUGACAAGAAUACUGAAAUUGAAGCAGAUGGGAAAACGCCAACCGCACCUGAAACUAACUCAUUUACCGACACAAAUGUUUCAAAAAUUUACGUAAGUGUUGACUCAGCUGCUGUCGAGUCCCUUGAUUCCAUAAAUGCUGAAGACUCCCCGAGUGUAGAGAAAAUGCAAGAAGCUAAGCUGGCUGACGUACAGCUGGAGGUCGAGUCUGAUGCUUCUCCAAGAAGCCAUUUAACUGUCCCAGAAUCCCAGGUGUCUGUCAAACCCAAGAAGCGCAAGGGUGAGAAAAGUGAUUCUUCCAGUCGUAAGAACAGGUCCUCAUCUUCUGAUAAGAACCGCAGCAAAGAAUCUGUAUCGAGAACUGGCUUGGAGCAGCUACAGGAGCCCAAAGCAGCUGGAAAGAGGCGAAACUCGUUCGGCUCGGGCAGUAAGCCUGACCACAAGGAGCAGGAGCCGAGAGAUAGCAGCAGCAGUAACUCUCUCCCAAGUUACAUGCAGGUGACUGAGUCCGCGAAGGCUAAGGCUAUUGCUAAUGGGUCCCCAAGAUCAAGCCCGGAUGUUCAUGAUAAGGAUAUUUACAUAAAAAAGAGGCAUUCUUUACCAGGUGCGAAUGAGAGGCAAGGAUCACCUCGUAUUCAGCGGUCUCUGUCUCAGGCACAGCAGAACACAAAGGGAACUGCAACAAUGCAUUCUCCUCAAGGUAUUAUAUCUGCUGUCAAUUACCAAUUGCUGAAAAUUGUGGUAUAUUCUGACCAGCAGCUUAAAUUUCUGUCAUGUGCCAUGUUACUCUUGUAUAAUAUUUUUAAUGCCGUGCGUGCUUUAUUUUUAUCUUUGUUAUCUUUGAUCUUCGUUUUCAGACAGGAAAUGGCGGCGGUGAGCAUGAAACUUUUCGAGACAAAUCGAGUGGUACUUGACCGCCGUAUACAAGUAUUUUGGGCUACAGCUUCUGUCUUUUUUUUUUGUGAAGAAGCUAUUGGUAUAGUAAGGAUUGUGGUGGUGAGAGGUAGAGACGUUGGGAUUUGGAUGAAUUUCUUAUGUAACUCAGCAGUUUUGAUGUUUUUCUAUGUUGGACUUGUGGAAUUUUUUGGGCAAAAUGAAUUGAAGUGUUCGUGUGUUGAUUUGUGUUUAUAUGCAAUUUUGCGUAUUGGGGAUGAGCCGAGACACAAGCGGUUCCUUUCGCCCGACAACAUGGCUGUGGCGGACGAGCAUGGACGAAUCUUGUUUGUGGUUCACCAAUCACCACGCAACAUCAACAAGCGAUUAAUGGGGAGGACCAUCGAAGAUCGCCAUUGGACUAGAGGCUUUAAAUUUGAUGGAUUGGAGACCUAA